UUUCCACCUGCAGAAAUAGAUUUUAUUUUAUAAAUAUUAAUAUUUGCCAUUUGCGUGGCCAAUUUUAUAAAUAAAAAAUCAUUAUUAUCCGAUAUCUACGUUGUCGAAAGUUUACGAACUGAUUAUACAACAACAAACUGUUUUUAAGAGACGCGGAAACUGAACGCGCCCUGGGGUAAAAGUUUGAGGAAGAGAAAAGAGCGAGCGCAGCAGACCACCAGUCCUCUCCAAUCUCCUCCUGAUCUCCAACCUCAACUGAAGAACAAUGUCCUCCGGAGUCAAAGUCCACGAAUCUGUGGACGAAUACGUCCAGAAGAUGCUGAUGCCUUCCAAAGGCGCCAAAGAAGACCGACUGAAGGUAGUCAUAAUGCGCCUCAACGAUAAAAAAGAUUCCAUCAUCGUGGACGAGGAGAACACCAAAUACCUGAAGGACUUUAAGGACAGUGACGAUGUCUUCAAAGAGGUCAUGAAGCUAUUCAAGAAAGAACAGUGUUGCUAUGCCGUGUACGACUGCUUCUACGAGACCAAAGACUGCAGCGGCAAGGAGGAACUGGUGUUCAUUAGCUGGUGCCCUGACGAUGCUUCCCUCAGGGACAAAAUGAUUUACGGCGCCUCAACGAACGGAGUGAAGGGGAGAUUUCCUAGCAUCAAGCAUCAUUUGCAGAUGAACGAUUCAGGAGACAAAACCUCCGACGGUGUGCUCGAUAAGUUAGGAAAAGGUCGUGUGGUGCAGCUGGAAGGGAAGCCCGUCUAAAGCGCACGUGCAGUAGGCCGAAUCCCUGGAGGCACCACUGCACCUCAGCAGCACGAACAGGACAAUCACAAAUAUACCGGCCUGCGUUGGCUUUUUCUCGCUUUUGCUACUAGCUGCUUUGGAUGGUACAAUGUCGGGGAAAAUUGUCAACAUACAAUUAAAGUCUUGUGAUCUGGAUGGAUAGUAUUGAAUUUUUUUUUUUUUUUUGAUGAAUAGAUGCAUUUUCCUGAAAACGGUCAGCAUGCUUUUGUGUUCCCAUUGGUUAAGCUCUCUUGCAUAAAUACAAUACAUGCAGAUGGCAGCUAUACUUCAGUCCACCACAGAGUUUGGUCAUGCCCCCAGAUUGCUAUCCUUUGCCACUGCUAUGAAUCGGUUUAAUUUUGUUUCUCCUCCAUCGCAAAUUGGUUUCUCCAGAGCUGACCAGAUGACAUCACCACAACCUUGCUUUUUGUAAAUGUGUGCCAGUGUAAGAAGAUAUCCAGUUGUGAGAAAAUUGUUACAUUCCUGCCCCUUCUAUUAAUAAAUAAAGCCAUCCAAGGAAA